UUGCCGGUAUUUUUUCCAGGAAAUUUCCACGAGUCAGCAGGAAAUGUGAGAACCAUGGCGAACACGGUGAAUAUUGAGAAUCUGGUGUACAGCGGGCGUUCCCUAACCUGGAUUGAGCCACCGACCUGCCGCUCCUGUUCGCUUCCGUUCUCGAGUAACUCCCCGGAUGUGCUGGUGAAACGGUUGCCUUUCCUGUUGAAUUGCCAGCAUGUCCUGUGCGAGCCGUGUGUCCUCGAGCUUCGUACCCGCAAUGGUGUCGUGUGCCAGCAAUGCCAAACUGAAACGCCGCUGUUGAGCGACGAAAAUUCGCCGUUGUCGCUACAACCAAGUCUGUACCUGCUUGGCGUCAUCCAGCAGGGCCAGUACGAGCUGCUCAAUCUCGACCAGUACCACCUGCCUGCUAACCCGGACCGAAAAAGGGCGGACUCUCCGGCACCGGCGAUUCGGACGCUUCAACCUUCCGAGCUAGAUACGGUGGAGCAAGUCCGGAAGCUGCUAGAAAAGGCCUUCCAUUCGUACGAGCGCAACAGGAAGAAACUGGAAACAUGUGGCCGCCAGCAGGAGGAGAACGUGACCAUGGCAAUCGAACAGGUGAGCGGUUGCUUCCUGAAGCGGCACCACCUACUGCAGCUGGCCGAGCAACAGAUGAUGAACAAGAUUCGGGGCCGGUAUGUUGUGCUGCGGCAUCAGCUCGAUGCAGCGCAAACUCAAUUGCAGCAGGCACAGGAGCAACUGAAAGGCUACCUGAAACAGGUCAAAAAUUACAAAAAGGAUCAAGCAACCGGUAAUCGAUCGAAGGAAGCGUGGCUUGCGUUCAGCGCGGAAGUGAAGGAAUUUCUGGAAACAACGCCACUGAUGCUGCUCGAUGACAUAAAGCAACAUGGCAAGCCCUUCAGGUGUAAUCCAGUGGAAGAAUCCUUGUUCCUUCGCUCUAUGCCCAGCUAUGGCACAAUGGUCGUUGAAAGGAAGGAUUUGGCGGAAAUAAAAUUGUUACCGUUUACCGCAGAGGGCAAGCAGAAGGAGAAGACAAAGAAGAAGGGCCACGAACGAUCGUCCGAUCGCUCAUCAUCGACGCAAUCAUAUCAGCGGGAGAAGCAAAAGAGCUCGUCGGUGGUUGGGGCUGAAGCAAAGGACCACAAACGAUCGUCUGAUCGCUCAUCGGCGUAUUCACAUCAACGGGAGAAGGAAAAGACCCCACCACUGAAGCAGCAACGCGAGCAGAAGCACAGUGGCAGCUUCUCAAAGCACAAACCAAAGUCAAAGAAUAGAAGCCCUUCGAAGGAUGCAUCGGAAGUAUCAGCGGUCGCAGCACUCCCCCCUUCGUCGUCAAGGGCGUCUUCGUCAUCGCCUUCGCCGUCGCAGACUGCACAGAAAGGGGGACUCAUUCCCCACGAUAAGGUCGUUGUGACUAACGUGAACUCUCCGCACGAGAUAUUUGUACAGCGCGAACUAUUCGUGCAGAAAGCGCAGAUGAUGGCGGAGAUGUGCAGCUUGGAUGCCGGACUGUACGCCUCGGAGUGUCCGGAGAACCCACUCGAGAUCGUCGAGGGUGGCAUGUAUCUCGUGCAGCCCGUCGUACCGUCAUCGUUUAGCUGGCCCUCAAAGUGGUACAGGGCGCGCGUGCUAAAGGCUUACCCAUCCCAACAGUAUCUCGUGCUGUACGUCGACUUCGGACACAAAGAGCAAGUGCCGGCGAGUAAAAUAUGUCCGAUUUCGAAGGAACUUCGCACCUUAAAGUGUUGUUCCCAGAAGGUGCAAUUGUACGGUCUCACGAUGGUACCGCCGGAACGGGUGGGUGGGCAGGAUGCGAAACUGGACGAAUGCCGCCAGGUGCUGAUUGAUUUGAUAGCCCACAGGACACUGUUGAUGGCUACGCUGAGCAUAAACUCGAAAAUCACCGCCUGCGUCGAUCUGCUUGUACCGGAGGGUUGCUCAAGCCGCCAACCACUGCAAUCGCUUCGUGGCGCUCUAUUCUAUCUUGGUUUUUGCAAACCGCUCCUGACAACCGAUCCGCCUGCUUCGGUAUGCCAGAGGUAUGAAAAAUGGAUUGAUGGGCAGUACAAAUCGUACGCGAAGAUGUUACCAUCACCACAGAUUGCUGAGGUAGAUACAUUUCCGUGCACCAUCUUGCAAAGCAGCUCACCGGACAGUUUUCAGCUAAUGCCUAGUUUGUGGCUGAAAACGAAACUCGAGCCUUUGCAACAAUUGCUGGAUGUCUACGGUCCGAACGCACCGAAAGUGUAUCACCCAUUCGUGGGGCUGAUUUGUGUUUUCAGGCACGACGAAGAGGACGGCACCGUACGCUGGAUGCGCGGUCGUAUCGAGAGGGUCGGUUUAGCCGAAUGUGAUGUCAAGGCGAUCGAUAGUGGUCGCCAGUACGCGUGCGUACCGUGGUACAACAUACGGCUGCUCAAUCCAGCCGCUGACUGUUACUGGAUGCAUCCGCUUGCCCUCGAGUGCCGGCUGGCGCACAUCAAUCCAAAGGCAACUACGACCGCUGCUGAUGGCGAUGAGCCCCAGUGGUCCAAGGAGGCGACAGCGGAGUUCAAUACCGUUGUUAGCAGUCAAGCGGGCGACUUUGAGGUGACGAUCGAGCGAUGCGAAUCGGAUCACUCCUACAGUGUGCUGCUGUAUCUGUUAAAUCGAUCGACGAUGGACACCUGCAUUAAUGGAUCUCUCGUUCGCAAUGGUCACGCUAUCUGCUGUGGUCCCGUGAAGGCAGUGGCUGAUCGUACCAAAAAAAUGAUCGAAGUGAUUGAACCGGCCCCAGAGUCAGCGCUAGCCGCGCAGCCAUCAUCGAAGGUAGGAAAAGAGCGCUUGAAGGAUCCACGUACCCCGGUCCAGGUGGUGUUACCGAUCUGCUCGCCUUCCGAAUUCUACAUACGGCUGGAAUCGUGCGUGACCGCUCUAGAGGAGCUGCACCAUACGAUUCAACAGUACAUGGAGCAAAUGCUGGAAGAGGAGAACGAGCAACCGGAAGAAGAGCGUGCCAUCGGGGACCUGUGUGUUGCGUUCACACCGACCGGCCCGGGCAGUGAUAGUGAAUGGUACCGAGCAUGCAUAACUGGAGUAGCGGAGCCGUUCUACGAGAUGCUCCUGAUAGAUACGGCGAAAAGCGUGAGCGUACACCGGACAAAUAUCGCUCGGCUGCCUCCACGUUUCGCCCAGAUUCAACCCGGUGCCGUGCGUUGUCGGUUGGGCAAUGUAGUGCCAGUAGGAGGCAAUAAGCAAUGGAAUCAAUCGUCGAUCGAUGGUUUCAAAAAUGUGAUCGCUGCCUCAUCUCGACACUAUAUCUCUCUAGAUGUUGCUAACAGGAAGAAUCCAGAUAGUGAGCUGCCGGUGGUGCUGUGGGCAGUGAUGAAAGAAAAAGUAGCUCCGCUAGCACCACAUCGCGAUCGUUACAUCAACAUCAACCAAUCGCUCAUUGACGCCGGUCUGGCGCAUUGCAUUACCCGUCCUGGUUCUGCGCCCCCCGACAAGGUCGGAGCCGGUGAGAAUCCGGAGGCAGUACUUGAGGAAGCGAUCAGUGCCCUGUUCCGGGCGAGGUUCGAACAGAUGCAGCAGUUUUUUCGAACCGUCGACGAUGUCACCGGCAACCAAACGGCGUCGGCUCCAGUGAGGAUGGGGGGCAUCGUCGGAUCAGCUACGGACAGUGCGUGCGAAGAGCUGCUGUCACUGAUCGAUCAGCAGCCGAUGCCGAUUAGCGAUUGGUUACCGCCGAGUGCACCGAUCGAGAAGACCAUUUUCGUUGGCAGGCCCACGUUUGUGGCGGACGAUGGUGCCCUGUACCUACACGACGAGUGCCAGGAGCCCCUGUUGACACAGAUGGCCGCAAGAAUUCGGUUGCACGUGGAGAGCACCGCCGCGCGGCAGGAGAAAAGAAAGAUGCACUUUUUAGUCGGAGAUCCAUGCCUUGCCCGCUUUUAUCUUGAUGGACAGUGGUACCGGGGUAAGGUGGUGCAGGUGAAGAAGGAUCGGUUUAGCGUACAGUUCGUCGAUUACGGUAACGUGGAGCAGUGUGGUGCGACGGAUCUUUGCGAUGAAACCAUUUGCACCCGUAUACCGGUACAAGCGUACCGGCUACGAUUGGCCGAUAUCGAACCGGCGGGCACCAACGGAUGGACAAUGGCAGCGGUUGAGACGUUACAUUCGCUCAUCGUCGGUAAGCGCUGUACGGUUCGUGUCGUGGAUCAACAUGGGACAGCACAGGAUCCAGCGGCACCGCUAUGCACUCUACAGACGAUCGGUGAUGAGCACGUCGUCGGAGUGUACGUUGAUAAAGCGCUUCUCACACUGGAUACUGGGCUGUUUGUUAGGCGUACCAAUCGAAAAGCGAAUCUAAGCGAACCCAGAUCUCACCAGCAGCUAGUGGCACAGGAUACCUUCAGUCCGCCUCAUAAUAGCCGUGCUGCCCAAGACAUCAUUGCGCUGAUGAAUGAGGUGCAGGAACAGUUUGGUCGCUCUCCUGGUGCCCCGGCGGACGGACAAUUGGAUGAUCCGUAUGCCUGGAAUGAGGAUGAUACCAGCGGUGAUGUGGCGAACCGUGCACAGAUCUUCAACCUCUUCUCACCUUCGCCCGAUCAGCAUUCUUCCGCUUCCUCUUCCGAUGCCGGCGGUGAGGUUGUGGAGGGUUCGUCGUUGCUAAGCACACCGCUACCUUCACCGGCCACGUUUGUUUCGAAUGAGCUGGAGACAUCGUCGCGGCUGUGCUCGGUGGAGCGGAUGCUCGAACCUGGCGAUGAUGAUGAUAAUGAUGGUGAGAUAAUUGAUGUCGAUGUCGUCGAGUAUAAACGCGGAGGAGCGAUGCCGUUCCGUGGGUUCCGGGUAAUGGAGCUUACCCCGAGCCAGACCGGCUUCUACGCUACCUGCACCAAUUACGUGGAUCCUCUCACGCUGCACAUCUAUCCCCAUCUGGAAGGGCAUCGGAAGCGGUGUGAUCAGAUGGCGAAAUCGAUACAAGAAUACGCUAGAUCUACCAACAAGUUGCGCCAAUGGCAGGCAACGAUGCUCGAACCGGGGUCGCCCUGUUUGGCGCUGUACGCCGAAGAUGGCCUGUACUAUCGGGCAAUCAUCGAGGGCUGGGAUGAGGAGGAUCGCACGGCCCGGGUACUGUACGUCGACUAUCUAAACCGGGCCGCCGUUUCCAUCGAUCGUGAUCUCCGCAUGUGUCCCAUAGCGUUGCGCAAUGUGCCGGUACACAAUUUGGUCGUUCGGUUGGCCGGUGUGCAGCCUAACCCUAAGCAACGACCGGACGAUGUGUCCCGGCAGCUAGUGACCCAUCUGCAGCGUACUUUCUUCGUUCGGGUAGUCGGUAAGGUGAACAAACGAAACCGUGACGAUGCCGAGCGGCGGGAGCAGAGCUUCGAAGAGCUGGCAGAGCCGGCGGACGAGAUGCCACUGGUGGAACUGUAUACCAAGGAAGACUGCACUACCCUCAUCUAUCAGAAGCUGAUCGACGAGAGGGUCUUCAUCAAGCCAUCGUUUAGUAUGUCGCGGAAUCGCUGAACCGCCAGCACCAUGUGCUCCCAGAGUGAUCAACUGUUUCGUUCAAAUUUUGCUAAGCAUUUAAAUGUAGUGAACUGAUCCUAAGAAAACACGUUCCACGGCAGUACGGAAGUUUCGCCAUAAUUUGAUCUGUUUAUAUUACUAGUUAUUAAUUUACACACAUAUCAUCGUCAGCCAGUUUGUCUUUACUGUUCGAACGAAUUUGAAUAAAGGCGCGAAUU